AUGAGCGACUCCCACUCCCUCACCUCCUUCGGCACCGCCCGCGCCACCGUCAAGGGCGCACCCCUCAGCAAGCAUGACCUCGAACAGACAGACGCCUACAUGCGCGCAUCCCUCUACCUCUGCUUGGGCAUGCUCUACCUCAAGCAGAACCCGCUGCUCAAGGAGCCGCUGACCAAGGAGCACCUCAAGGCUAGGCUCUUGGGGCACUGGGGGUCGGACAGUGGGCAGAUAUUCACGUAUAUCCAUUUCAACAGGUUGAUCAAGAAGUAUGAUUUGGAUGCGCUCUAUGUUUCGGGGCCAGGCCACGGCGCACCCGCCGUCCUCUCCCAGUCCUACCUCGAAGGCGUCUACUCGGAAGUCUACCCCAACAUCACCGAAGACGUCGAAGGCAUGCGCCUCUUCUUCAAGCAAUUCUCAUUCCCUGGCGGUGUCGGUUCCCAUGCUACCCCCGAGACCCCUGGUUCUCUGCACGAAGGCGGAGAGCUGGGGUAUUCCAUCUCGCACGCUUUCGGAACCGUGUUUGACCAUCCCGAGUUGAUUACUUUGACGAUGGUGGGCGAUGGGGAGAGUGAGACUGGGCCGUUGGCGACGUCUUGGCACAGUACCAAGUUUUUGAACCCCAUCACCGACGGCGCCGUUCUCCCUGUCCUGCACCUCAACGGCUACAAGAUCAACAACCCCACCGUCCUCGCCCGUAUCUCGCACGAAGAGAUCGAAGCCCUCUUCAUCGGCUACGGCUGGAAACCCUACUUUGUCGAAGGCUCCGACCUCGAAUCCAUGCACCAAGCCAUGGCCGCCACCCUCGAGCAGUGCGUCCUCGACAUCAAGGGCUACCAGAAGCAAGCCCGGGAGUCUGGCAAGGCGUUCAGACCCAAGUGGCCGAUGGUCAUCCUCCGUUCGCCUAAAGGUUGGACAGCGCCGAGGAACGUAUCGGGGCAUCACCUCGAAGGCUACUGGCGUGCGCAUCAGAUCCCCCUCGCCGACGUCGCUACCAGCUCGGAGCAUCUCAAGCUGUUGGUAGACUGGAUGAAGGGCUACAAGCCCGAAGAGCUCUUCACGCCCGAAGGCAAGCUUAUCCCAGAGCUCAAGGAGUUGCCGCCAAAGGGUAAUAAGAGGAUGUCGGCGAAUCCUGUGGCGAAUGGGGGUACGAUCCGCAAGGCGCUGCGACUGCCCGACUUUGGCAAGUAUGCGUUCACAAACAUCUCCCCUGGCGCAUCCCUCGGUCCGAGCAUGGCCAACAUGGCCAUCUGGCUUCGAGACGUCAUUGCGCAGAACCAAACCAACUUUAGACUGUUUGGUCCGGAUGAGACCGAGAGUAACAAGUUGGGCAAGGUGUAUGAGGCGGGCAAGAAGGUGUGGAUGGGCGAGUAUCUGGAGGAGGAUGGGGAUGCAGGGAACUUGGCGCAUGAAGGGAGGGUGAUGGAGAUUCUGUCGGAGCAUACUGUCGAAGGUUGGCUUGAGGGAUACGUCUUGUCCGGCCGACACGGUCUUCUCAACUCGUAUGAACCAUUCAUCCACAUUAUCGACUCCAUGGUGAACCAGCACUGCAAAUGGAUCGAGAAAUGCCUCGAAGUCGAAUGGCGCGCCAAAGUCUCCUCGCUCAACAUUCUCCUCACCGCUACGGUCUGGAGGCAGGACCACAACGGGUUCACGCACCAAGACCCGGGGUUCCUCGAUGUCGUCGCCAACAAGUCUCCCGAAGUCGUGCGCAUCUACCUCCCUCCCGACGGCAAUACCCUUCUAUCAACCAUGUCCCACUGCCUCGAGAGCAAAAACUACGUCAACGUCAUCGUCGCAGACAAACAAGACCAUCUCCAGUACCUCACCAUGGAGGAAGCCAAGAUCCACUGUACCAAGGGUCUCGGUAUAUGGGAGUGGGCGUGUGUCGGGGAUGCGAACGAAGAGCCUGAUUUGGUCAUGGCUUGUUGUGGGGAUGUGCCUACUAUGGAGUCACUGGCUGCGACGGCGUUGUUGAAGGAGUAUUUGCCAGAGUUGAAGAUUAGAUUUGUCAACGUUGUUGACUUGUUCAAGUUGAUUGAUCAUGAGGAUCACCCGCAUGGGUUAACAAACCACGAGUGGACCUCCUACUUUACGGCCAACACCCCCAUCAUCUUCAACUUCCACUCCUACCCCUGGCUCAUCCACCGCCUCACCUACAAACGCCCCGGACACCUCAACAUCCACGUCCGCGGCUACAAAGAAAAGGGCAACAUCGACACUCCCCUCGAGCUCGCUAUCCGAAACCAAACCGACCGAUACUCGCUCGCCAUCGACGCUAUCGACCGCUUGCCCAACCUCAAGAACAAGGGGAGCGUGGCGAGGGAGAAGCUGUUGGGGGCGCAGAUCAAGGCGAAGGAGUGGGCGUAUGAGCAUGGGAUCGAUCCGGAGGAGGUGCGGGGGUGGAAGUGGCCGUAUGGGGAGGAUAAGGGGAAGAAGGGGGUGUUGGAGAGUUUGGCGAGUGGGGUGGUUGGGGGUGGGGAGAAUAAGAAGCAGGUGGCUAGUGUCGGGACGAGCGAGUAG